CCUAAAAUUAAAUCGACCUAGGAUACCUAGAAAUAUAGCUAAAUACCUAAAUGGUAUAUAAGGUGCGCGCGCGCAAUAUUGACCAUACCACAUUCUUACUUCGGUAGCAACGGUCAGAAACAUGCGUGCCUUCAUCCUGUUCGCCCUCCUCGCUGUGGCUGCGGCCAAGCCCAAACCCGGCUACCUUGGAGGCUUGGGCCUGGGAGGAUAUGGAUACUCCGGAUACUCGAGCUACGCUGCAGCCCCAGCUCUGAGCAUCUCCCACCAGCCAGCCAUCACGAUUUCCCAGCCAGCCAUCUCAGUGGCCCACGCUCCCGUGAUCCAGGCUGCACCCGUGGCCGUUGCCCACGCACCCGCUGCUACUAGCUACUCCUCCUUCCAAAGGGUGAUCCACCCAGUCUCACAACCCGUAGUCCACGCUGCACCUAUCGCAGUGGCCCAACCUGUGGUCCACGCUGCACCAAUUGCUGUGGCCCAACCCGUGCUCCAAGCUGCCCCAGCCGUCAUCUCGCAUGCACCUCUCGCCACCUACGCCCAAUCAUACGGCCAUGGUUUGUCAUCAUACGGCCAUGGCUUGGCUUCAAUCGGCCAUGGUUGGUAAACCUAGAAUUAAUUUAAACUAAUUUUGUUUGUAUAAGCGUUGAGAUCAUGCCCGUAAUGGCGGGGUGGUGCAAAUAAAUAUUUAUAAUAUUCAA